CCUUCGCAGAACCGGCCAGGCACACUAUAAAUUCACCCUACCCUUCAUGUGAACUGCAGAAACCUUGGAGACACCUGGAGCAGCAGUGUUUCUUCCUGCAGAAAACAAGCUUCAGAACAAUGGAUGCUUUAAAUAAAGCAAACACAAGCUUUGCUCUCGACUUUUUCAAACAGCAGUGUCAGGAAGAUGGUGACAAGAAUAUUUUGUUCUCCCCUUUAAGUAUUUCAUCUGCCCUGGCUAUGGUUUAUUUGGGAGCCAAAGGUAACACCGCAGAUCAAAUGUCAAAGGUACUUCACUUCAACAAAGUUGAAGGAGCCAAAAAUGUCACCACAACCAUAAGAAUGCAAGUCUAUUCCAGAACAGAAGACAGUCUAUCAAAUCGAUGUGCAUGUUUCCAGAAGAAAGAAUUUGGCAAAUCAGAUAAUAUCCAUACUGGAUUUAAAGCACUCAACUUUGAAAUCAAUCAACCUGCUGAAAAUUACCUGCUUAAAAGUGUCAACCAGUUAUAUGGAGAAAAAUCAUUGCCUUUCAGUAAGGAAUACUUACAGUUAGCCAAGAAAUAUUACAAUGCAGAACCACAAUCAGUUGACUUUGUGGGAGCAGCAAAUGAAAUCAGAAGAGAGAUCAAUUCCAAUGUUGAACAACAGACUGAAGGUAAAAUCCAAAAUCUUCUGCCUCCUGGAUCCAUAGAUUCACUCACCAGGCUAGUCCUGAUAAACGCACUCUACUUCAAAGGAAACUGGGCAACAAAGUUUGAAGCUGAAGCUACCAGGCAAAGGCCUUUCAGAAUAAACACGCAUACAACUAAACCAGUGCCCAUGAUGUACCUGAGGGACAAAUUUAACUUAAGCUACGUAGAAUCAGUCCAGGCUGAUGUUCUUGAACUUCCAUACGUCAAUAAUGACCUCAGCAUGUUUAUCCUGCUACCAAGUGAUGUCACCGGCUUACAAAAGGCUGUAGCAAUGGAAGUGGUCUCAACCUCAGUUGGCAAGUUUACGGUUGAUCUUUUCAACAAGCUGAAUGAGACCAACAAGGGAAAGAACCUUUUCUUUUCCCCUUGUAGCAUAUCAGCUGCUCUGGCUCUGACAUACCUGGGUGCAAAAGGGAAUACAGCAACUGAGAUGGCAGAGGUUCUUCAUUUCACUCAAGCAGCAGGAGCUGAAGCCUCCUCUUCUGUGGCCAGGCCUUCUCGGGGGAGACCGAAAAGAAGAAAAGUGGAUCCUGAGAACAAGAAAGCAGCAGAUAUCCAUUCUAGUUUCAAAAAGCUCCUGACUGCCAUCAACAAACCCAGAAGCACCUACUUGCUGAGAAGUGCCAACCGCAUUUAUGUGGAAAAAACCUUCCUAUUACUGCCUACAUACAUACAGCUCAGUAAGAACUACUACAAAGCAGAACCACAGAAGGUUAACUUUAAGACAGCACCAGAACAGUCCGGAAAGGAAAUCAAUGCUUGGGUUGAAAAACAAACGGAGGGCAAAAUCAAGAAUUUGUUGAGUCCACAAGAUGUGUCAAACACCACUAAGCUGAUCCUGGUAAAUGCAAUUUACUUUAAGGCAGAAUGGGAGGUGAAAUUUCAGGGAGGACAUACAGAUCUGCAAGCCUUCCGACUGAGCAAGAACAAGACCAAGCCUGUAAAGAUGAUGUACAUGAGAAAUACAUUUCCAGUUCUCAUCAUGGAAACAAUGAAUUUCAAAAUGAUUGAGUUGCCAUAUGUGAAACAUGAACUCAGUAUGUUCAUCCUCCUUCCUGAUGACAUCAAAGACAACACUACGGGUCUUGAACAGCUGGAAAGAGAACUAACCUAUGAGAAGUUGUCCGAAUGGACUGAUUCCAAGAAGAUGACUGAAACUCUUGUGGACCUGUACCUACCUAAGUUCAAAAUAGAAGAGAGAUAUGACCUCAGCGAUAAUUUGAUCAGGAUGGGAAUGCGCAGUGCCUUCAGCAGCAAUGCUGAUUUCAGUGGGAUGACUGAGAAGGGUCAUCUGCAGAUCUCAAAAGUUUUUCACAAGUCUUUUGUCACAGUUGAUGAAGAGGGCACUGAGGCAGCUGCUGCUACUGCUGUCAUUAUAGAGCUAGCAAGUGCACCUGUUGGCCAUGUUCUGAAAUUUAAAGUUGAUCACCCUUUCAUUUUCUUCAUCAGACACAACAAGUCCAAGAGCAUCCUCUUUUUUGGUAGAUUCUGCUCUCCCCUAGAAUGAAUUAGUACUUGCUCUCAGAUAGCAACCAAGGUUCACUGUUCAAUGGAAAAAUGUGAGCUGCAAUGCUAAAAUCUGAACCUUAAGCCAUAUAGCUACCUGUACUGAAAGCGUAUGUUCUUUUCCUCCCAUCCCCAAUCCCCCUCAAAGAAGGCAGCACCCAGAAACCAUCCUGUGCCAUCAAAGAACACCCUUCUACUGCUUCUUUCCAUUGUGCUAAUGAGACAGCCCUCCACAGAAAACAGAGCAUGGAAUUUUGCUCCCUUGUAUCAAACCUGCUCUUCUGGCUUUGCUGUUUGGGGCUAAGGUGGAGUCAUAAAAGCCCUCUGCACCUAGCCAGAUGCCAUCAUCUAGCCUAUAUCAAAUGCUGACUUCAAGGGAAAUGCAGUUCAUUCUCUUGGCUCUCCUUGGGAAAAAAAACCCUGAAAAUAAUAAUAAUAAAAAAAACGUGUAGAAAUCUGUUUGCUCUCUUUUCCUCACUGGGAAGUGAGGAAUUUGCAUUUCCUUAUGCUAAUUUCCAAUUUAGGACUGUUAGGAAUUAACAAAAUUUAAUACAAAUCCAGAAUAAUCUUGAAAUGGCCCUUACCUUCUCCUCUCUCAUUACAUGUAUAUAGACACAUCACACUUCUCUCCUGCUCUUUCAGCUACUUGAAAAAAAAUUAGUCUUUGGGAGAAAAUUGUCCAGCCCUUAACAUUUAAUUGCUGACUUCUAAUCACCUUGCAUUUUUUCCUCAUUUUUCUAAACUUUGCAGUUUAAGGUUGCUGAG